GACAGACACCUAACUAGUAAGAUAGCUGAAGGGCAUUCGCCGGGAAAAGAACAGGCUAUAGUUGCAGAGCUGUAUCAAUUUUACGUAUUAAUUUGGUCUGCAACUAAGAAAAAACGUUUCUCAGGAUCAGGGUUACACAAAAAGAUGUUUGCCAAAGCAACCACUAAUUUCGUGACUGAGAUCGACCCUGACGGGUGUCUUGUACCUGUCUUCCGCCUGAAUGAGUCGGACAACCUGGCGCUCCUGUCCCUGGUCAUCAAGCGCAAGCGCUUCUGGUUUUGGCAGCAGCCGAAGUACCUAACAACAGAUUUCAGCCUGAAUGAUGUACUGGUUGGGGAUAAGGACAUAGACACAGCUGUAAUCGAGACAGAUUUUCUGAAGUACAACAGCACGUUACAAAGCAACACCAGUGGAGGCGCAGAUGCAGACUUUGGCCCGGGACGCGUAAAUGUUGGCGGGGAAGGUUCAUCCAAACUAGCGUCCUCGUUUGGAAACCUCACGAAACAGGAAAUUGAUCUUAAAAGACUUCUAGAUGACUCUAAAGAUAGGGUUCUGGACCUGCAGCACUCUCUGGUUCAGCAGACGCGGGAGAAUCGGCGGGAGGUGCUGGGGGUGGUGAAGGAGUGCAUCACCACCACACAGCCGUGCACCAUCAGCGAGGUGGUGCACAAGGUGGGCUCGUGCGGCGCCUUUCUGGGCUUCACCGUCCCCAGGAAGAUUCAAGUGUCUGUGAAGAAUGGCGGCCAUCAGUCUAACAGUAGCGUUUCUGUAGAAAUCCCUGCCAACACAGCUCUUGCUUACAGCAUCAUUGAGCUCAGAGUGAAAAGCACAGGUCGUUUCGACCUGUGUCUGAUGCCACACAACCUUGGAGGUUUUGAGACAGAUGGGAUGGAGAAGGGCGUGACUGUUCUCUGCAGCACUCCACCCGAAGCACCAAACAGGCAGCCGCUACAGGAAGAGUUAGAGAAGCUGCAGCCCCAGUUUAAGGUGCUGUCUGAUCUGCCUUCCAACACCCGCCACUGUCUCUUCCAGCAAUUCUCCAUCCUCCUGAAGGACAGGACCGCCAUCAGUGUACUGGACCUCGCCCUGGAGGAUGUCUCUUGUGGCAAGAAGCCUGAUCUCAGCAGCCUUGACAAAGUCCCCUCUCUGAGAUCUGCAGUGCAGACCAUACUGGAGUUGUUCCAGGGGGACGACGGUACAGGUGACGCCCAGGCGGACAGCACAAGCUCUGGGAAACAGCUUAGUCAUUCUGCCAUGAGUGCCACCCACCUCCUCAGCAGUGCCUUAGAGGAGAUGAAUGACUCCGUCUUGUCUGUGCUCGAAUCCUGCUGUUGUCCCCGCACCAUACAGGCACUGCAACUUCUAGUGCAGCAUGUGGUAGAAAACAAGAAGUGUUCUCUGAAAGACAGCACACUGGCGAUUCUGGGGGACGAGAACAGGUACAGCCAAGUUGUAAAGCUCUUUGGCUCCUCCGACGUGGUGCUCAGCAAAGAGGAGGAUUCAGUCAGCGCCCAGCUCGGCAGCCAGCAGGGACACAUGCCACACGUCUUGUGCAUUGCCAUCUGUGCUCUUGCGUCUUUAGCACCCCUUGUCUGACCGCAUUUCUGGUCAGGACACGCCAACAUUGGAAAACGUACAUACAUUUGUCGUUUAGGACAAAGACGAUUAUCAUAAGUUUGAACUUGUUUAAUGGAACGACAAGCUUUAUUUUUCCAAAAAAUAUUAAGCUAAACUAAUCUCUUUACAAGCAUGGCCCAAGUGCAAAAGAAAAUUGCUAACACCUGAAUUGUAACCACUCCUACUUUUUUGACUGAAAUCUGGAUCAUUUGAAGUUAAAAAGUUCUCUCUAAUGUUAAUUUUAUAUAGUGACUUUUCUACUACCGUUAUGAAUUUUAAAGUUAUUUAAAUUAUUAAAACAUUUUUUAAAAAUAAAAGCCUAAAUUGUACACUGUUGAGUAGUAACCUCUGAAUAGAUCCGUAUUCCUAGUGAUGGAAAAAAAGAAUCACGAAGCUUUUUGCUGCUUCCUGAAUGAGAAGGCAAAAGAUUCAAAGCACUGGAGCUGACGGCAGGACAGUGGCAGCUGUUGGUCUGCAGAAAUUAUAGCAAUCAUAAGCUCAAAACUGCAAAGAACAGAACAUUCCUUUCCACUGAUUCCAUAUUCGUACAAAAAAAGGAUAACCAGUGAUGUAUAGCCAUUAAAAUGGUGCACAGAACUGUCCACAACUGUUUCCCCUUCACUGUGAUCUGCUGUGGCAGUCAAACAGCAGCAAUGCUAAACCAUCAAGACAAACUUAGGAAAGAAUAAAUGAUCAAAACGAAUAAAUACAAAGAACACAAAGCCAGAGAACUGAACAGUGAAGCGUGCCCCACAAAAGGGCAACACCGAUUAUAAUGCAACAUUACACCAAUCAACUACACAUUCCCCAAGUUGCAUUUAAACAAGUGUUUCCUUGUGACAAUGCGACAAUGCAGUAUAACUAAAAAUUGCAUUGGGAGACAUCUGGACGAGGUGUUGACACAUCAUCCAUUAAUUUUCCAUAUUUUCAGUUUUCCAUUAAAAAGGAUGACUGGGGAGUCUACACCCUCUUAUAGACUGCAAGAUAAUCAAUCAGAUGAUGCCACUUUCACCCCCAUCUGAUAUCUGGAUGUUCAAAAGCUUCCACGCUGUUGAACCAGUGGACCUCACAAAAGUGAAAAGAGCCGAAACAUGUCCAUGUCCUCCUCCUUAUAGAUCACUUUGAACCAAUAAAAGAAUCGAAAGGAGAGUGGGCGAGUCAAAAUGAGCGAUUGUAUGGCUGAAUGAGUCAAUCGUACCUUAAUGAUUAUGAUUUUGUAAGAUGCUGUAAGAAUGAUCUAGGGUCAUUCAUAGAAAGGUUACAUAAUUAAGAGUGCUGAACUGGAUCACUCGUCUUCUAACUUGAGGUUGCUCCAGGAUUACUGAUUGUGUAAUGAGUAUUUAUAUGGCUUAAGGGUUCUAUAUGAAUACUGUUCUGGGUUAGACAUAUACCAACACUGCUCUUGUGAAGUAUCAGAGACUGUAUGACUGGGGGAAUACAGAUACUGAACAGUGGUCAGUCUUAAGAGUUAUAUAGCGGAGCAGAACUGUAAAAAUAAUGAUCUGGGGUCAGCCAUACCCUAAUUGUUAUAUUAGAAUUCAUCAUUAAUCUACAGAGUCUAUAGAAUCUCUUGAGUAAAGAAUAGUUCUUUAUUAUACAUUAGUUGAGUGAUUGUAUGGCUGCAUGUCUAAGAGAGCUAAAAAUACUGAACAGACCCUAAUGAUUAUAGCCUAAUAAUACCCAUCUGGAGUCAGUCAAAUCCUAAUCAUCAUAUCCUUAUAAUUAUUUUUAGUUCUUCUUAAUGACUGACCUAUAUAAGUCAUUAAGAAAAUUAAUGUCUUAGGGGCACUGUAAGAAUAUCAAAUUUCAUAAAGAUGAUUUCAGGGAGCAGACAGUCCCCCCGCUUCCCCAAGUUAUCCAAAGUGGCUAUAUCUUAAAAUAUAGCUAUUUAUUAUUAAUAGCUAUUCCACAGGCAUUAAUAAUAUACACAGUUGCAAAUCAGUUUAAAAAAAAAAAAAAAAAGCUUAAAUGAAGUGGUAGUAAAAGUCAGUUUAAUUUAAUGGUCAAUUGUUUAAAUGUCAAAAAUACAGGUUUCAUUAUUGUAAAAUAUAUAUGUAGCUGUAUACAACAGAGAUAAAAACACCACAAAGACUUAUGGUGAAUUCUCUACUUCCUGAAGGACUGCACCACUGCACAGUGUAGUGUUUGCUCCAACACUCUUCUCUCCAACUGAUCUGAUGCCAUGAGUUUAACAAGCUGCACCAGAGCAGGGAACGCACUCGUCUCUGCAGUGUUUUGGCUGUUCAGCAUUUGAGUCUGGCAACUCUGGUCUCGGAUGUGCAAGUCUGACAGUGACAGACACCAAUAUGUAUGACGGAUAACUCACCCACUACGCCACUGCUUUGGCUCCUGCUGAAACAGUGGUGCACACUUUCAUUUCUAUCAUCGGGUUCUUCCUCAGAUUGCCUGGUAGCUGAGGUUACAUUUUCCCAUGAUCAUAACUGGCAUCAAGUUGUUCCACCAUUAUUUCACAAAACAGAAGCACCUCAUUUGUUACGCAUCAGUGCAAUAAAAGCACUCAUAAAAA